AUGGAAUUUGAAAUACUAGCGUGUAGUAGUACUCUGUAGUAAGUGUAAAUGGUAAAAAUUGGAGUAAUUUCCUUUACUGGUCAAUAAUAAAUAUUCUUUUCACUCACUCUAGCUAACUCCCUCCUGUUGUUAUUGGUGUCACAGUGAUUUGGACGUGAAAGCGCCCAUCUUUUCAUGUCUAUUGACAUUGAUAGUUGAUAUGUCACUUGGCUUCUUCAUGUCCUCUUUGACCCUUAAUUGCUAGCUACGCACCCCCCUCGCCCACCCCCACCCUCCUCCUUUUACCUUUUUCUUUAAAAUAAAUCUUUUUUCUUUCAUCACCAUUUUGAGUUGAAGUUUUAGCUCUUGAACUUUGAUAAGAGAGAAAAUAGAGAGAGGGAAAAUAAAAAUGGGAUCUUUAGGUGGUGAAGUAUCAGCAUCAGUACAGAAGAAGAAGGCAAUGUGGUUAUAUCCAAAGGUGAUGGGUGUUCAUCCUUCUGAGAGAUGGGGCCAUUCUUCUUGUUACUCUAAUGGCUUUGUUUAUGUUUUUGGGGGAUGUCGAGGGGGUUUACAUUUUAGCGAUGUACUUGUACUAAAUCUUGAGGCAAUGGCUUGGAGCAUCCUUGUGACAACAGGGCAAGGACCGGGGCCAAGAGAUAGCCACAGUGCUGUUCUUGUUGGCCACAGAAUGGUAGUAUUUGGGGGUACAAAUGGCUUAAGGAAGGUCAAUGAUAUUCAUGUAUUGGAUGUCAGGAGCCAAGAAUGGACUCAACUCGAAUGUCAAGGCAAUCCACCUUCCCCGCGUGAAAGUCACACGGCUACUCUCGUUGGUGGUGAUAAAUUAGUCAUCUUUGGUGGUAGUGGUGAAGGCGAGGCAAACUAUUUGAAUGAUUUACAUGUUUUGGACCUUAAAACUAUGAGGUGGUCAUCUCCUGAUGUGAGGGGUGAAAUGCCUGCUCCUAGGGAUAGUCAUACUGCUGUUGCGAUCGGUAAUAGGCUCUAUAUUUAUGGUGGAGACUGUGGUGACCGAUAUCAAGGUGACGUUGAUGUGCUCGACAUGGACACACUAAUGUGGUCGAAGCUGGAUGUUGUUGGACCAUCACCUGGUGCUCGAGCCGGUCAUGCCUCUGUGAAUUUUGGGUCGAAGGUAUAUGUGAUUGGUGGAGUUGGAGACAAGAAAUACUACAAUGAUGUUUGGGUUCUUGAUGUGAUAAAUUCAUCAUGGACGCAGCUUGAUGUAAUGGGCCAAAAACCACAGGGACGAUUUUCUCAUACUGCUGCUGCUCGGAACACGGAUAUUGUAAUCUAUGGAGGUUGUGGUGAGGAUGAGCGGCCACUUAAUGAGUUACUUAUCUUGCAGUUUGGAGUAGAAUAUCCUAAUGGGACUAGCACCUUUUCUGGUUGCAGAGCUUCUGGAAAUACAAGUCAUUAUGAUAAGAAAAGGUUCCUCAGAGAAAAAGACAAUAGCUCGCAGGAAGCCAUAUGUAGGGGAAAGAAGGAAGAUAUACUAGCAACAGGAUCUCAAGAACUUGAGUUCGUAUCAAAAGCAGCUUUUCGCUUUAGUUCUGACACAUUGCAUCCAAAGAGGAGAAGAAUGAGCCACAAUUCACACGUAUUUAAUCUGGAGUCGGAUCAAGAAGAUCAGCCUUCUCUAUCUCAACGCUGUUCUCCUCCGUCCCAAUCCGACGUAGAAAUGAGUACUAUUAAGCCAGUCUCUGGUUCCGGCACUGCAUCAGAUCGGUUUCCUUUAGCAAGGCAGCAGCAACAUUUGACCCCUAGCAAUUGCCAACCUAGGAAUGUCGUAACAAGGAAUCCUCAUGAUUUACAAUUAUUUAGAGAACAAUUAAAUCCAUCAAACUCAGGACAUGUAUCUGCCGUUCUUAUGGGUAAGCAGGAAGUACAAUGCCAAUCCGUGGAGGCAGGACGAUUCCACAACUUGAUUGGAGCUGAGAUCCGGGGAAAAGUCGACGGAGCAUUUGAUUCUGGUUAUCUGAUGACCGCCAUUGUUAAUGGAAAGAUUUUUCGAGGUGUUCUGUUUGCUCCGGCACCUGAUCUAGUACAACGAGGACCCAUCCUUGGUCAGAAUCCUUCACCCCCUCCGGGACAGAUUGGUGUCAGCUAUGCUAACACACACGCUAAUCAUGUAAGUCUGGCUUGUCGAAGGCAACCUCAGCAGUUGGUGCAAAUGCAAGUUCCAGAACUCGGACGACAGAGCUUAGAGAAGGUUCCGGUUAGAGGAUCAACAUCAUCAGUCAUGAGAUCAUCUCAUCAACUAGAGAAGGAUUCACAGCAAAGAAAAGAACUUGAAGGAGUGGUUCUCACACUAGGAGGUCCAGGAUGUGGCAAUGGAAGAACAUAGAUGACUUAAAAUAAUGAUAUAGAGAAGUAGAAGUUCUCCAUCUUUGGUCUCUGUGAGUUUUUGUACAUGCUAAUUAGGUAGAUAUACUGGAUCCAUGUUCUAUGUAUUCCUUUCAAGUCUUUUUACUACUUAGUUUAGUCUAGUGCCUCCUUUCCACUAAAUCAGACAUGUAUCCUCUCUGUAAUUUGAAGCAAAGUUUUGCAAGGUGAAUAUUUCUUUUUACUAAA